AUGGAGGAGGAUGAAUUGCUGUCUACGUUCAACCAUUUACAGGAGUAUAGUAAAUAUUUAGAUAUAGUAUUAGAUAAGGGUAUAACAGACACACGAACUAAAGAUUCUGCCGUAUAUCAGAUUGGUUUGGUUUUGGAAAUAUACCAAGAACAGAGUUAUCUUUUAGAUCCUUACUUAGAUCAGAUGUUAUCUCCCGUUAUCAGCGCGUUAUCAACAUCUAUCUCUAGGAAUGAGCAACUUAGCACGAGAAACACGCUUUCAAAGUUGAUAUACACCUUCUCUAAAACUAGAGGUCAUAAAAUCAUCACGAGAUUCUUCCCACAUUCAAUACCCGACUUGAUAUUAGUCCUUGAUGCUUCACGUUCAUUCACAGAGGGCGUCGCUUGGGAAUAUAGAUACAUUCUUCUAUUAUGGCUCUCGAUUGCUAUUAAGAUACCCUUCGAUUUGAGCAAGCUGUUUCCAAAUCAAGACAUAGCCACGCAGUUGCAAAAUAUAUGUACAGCUUAUUUCCAUCAUCCUGGAAAAGAACGCGAGGCAGCUGUCUUGGUUCUUAGCAGAUCAUUUAUGAGACAGGAUAUGAAAUCACGCCUCAUUGGCUUCGUUCAAUGGUGUUUAGCACAAUUGGAGACAGCCAAAGAAAAUGCAUUCAUUGCUCCUUCUGUUCUUCAAUUCUUCUCUGAAGUCCUGAAAGUCAGUCAGGGAGCAACAGUUGCAGAAUUACAAGGUCCAAUUGAACAUUCUUUAGCUCAUUCAGCCGAUAUAAGUUUGAAUAAUCCUUUAUUACGCAAGUAUUGUGUAAAACUGACUGCAAGGUUGGCGUACAAGUUGAGCGACGAUAUAGACAAAGUGGAAGAGACGAUAGGUUAUCUGUUAGAGUACUUGAGUGAUACCGAUACCAUAGUUAGAUGGUCAGCUGCCAAGCAUCUUUCACGGAUAGCCGCAAAACUUGGUGAUGAGCAUAGAACUGAAAUUCUAGACGCCGUUUUGUCAAUUUAUGCCGAAAACACUAACGUCGACGAUGCCUCUUCCAACGAAUUUGCGAAUUGUGACUAUUCGUAUGUUUCGGAAUCAGCAUGGCAUGGAGCUACCCUCUCGCUUGCUGAAGCUUUCCGCAAUGGAGUAGUUCCCUCUGAUUAUGUUAGCAAACUCGUACCUGCUGCUAUAGCUAGUAUUCAUUUUGAUUUGAAGAAAGGUACAGCCUCUGUUGGAAGCAAUACACGCGAUGCGGCUGCUUAUCUGUUCUGGGCGAUGUCACGGAGUGUUUCACCAGCUAUCAUGGAAGAUUUCAUCGAUAAGAUCAGCAUCCAUCUCAUUCAGAAGGCAUUAUUCGACAGGGAAGUGCACAUUCGCAGAGCUGCUAGUGCAGCAUAUCAAGAGAUGGUCGGGAGAACUAAUCUCAUUAAACAUGGUAUUGACGUCUUGCGCGCCGUAGAUUUCUUUGUUGUAGGUGUCCGUAGAACGGCUUUCCUCGACGCCGCUGUUGAUGUAUGCGAGUACGAAUUUUAUCGUAAUAGCAUUAUACCAUUCGUCGUAAAGAGUGUUAUCACACACUGGGACUUUGACGUGAGGAAACUAGCCUCACAGUUUUUGGGUCGUGUGUGCAAAAACCAUCCAUAUUUGCUUGAUAGGGUAGUCGAAGAGCUGAAACCACGACUAGCCUCUGGGGAUCCUGUCAUUCUACAUGGAACACUAUCAACAUUGCAUCAACUGUCAAUUGCGUUUAUGAAUAACAACCAGCUUUAUGAGAAGAUAUUCGAGCAGUUGGAACACAUACAGUUAUGGCAAUUCCACACACCCCGCUUCAGUCCAGUGCUAGAGGUAUCCAAUAAUCUUAUAGCAGCUAUCGCAAGCACAUGUAACCUUGAAAGCAGGAAAGAAAUUGCUUUGAAGAUUAUAGAUAUCGGACUUAAACAUAAAUCAGACGUUGUCAGGUAUUCGUCUGCUAACGCGUUAGGGUGUCUUAGCAAAACUACUGAUUGUAAAAGCUUUGUCCAAUCUAUGAUCGAUGAUUUCCAGUCUUCUGAAGGAUUCUUCCAACAAUCGAUAGCACUCUCACUAGGAUACCUUUAUUACAAUGAAGUAACACUAUUAAACGUCUCCUUGAAUUGUCUACUUAGUAUAGUCAGUAGUAAAACCGUAGUAGAAUGUCGGUUGAAUGCAUACGAAUCGUUGUCUAAAUUGUACACAAGUUGUACUUCUCAACAGCACACAAUCUUACAGACACUUUAUAAUGGUUUAUGGGAUUAUAGUAUGGACCAAAGGGGUGAUGUUGGUGCAUGGAUUCGGCAGUCUUGUGCCAAAGGGUUGACUAUUUGCUUAAGUGAGAACGUAGAGCCAUCCUUUGUGGAUAAAGUUGUCAGUAGACUCGUAGGAAUCAGUCUCGAUAAUAUCUACACUAGUCGUUGGGUCGCCAUUGAAGAGUUAGAGAAUAUGAUUGAUAAAAAGCUAAUCAAUGACACUCAAACGACCAAUUCUUUACGUGAUUUCUUCUAUAAUACAAGGAAAGACACAGAAGAUGUGUACUCAUCUUCGAAGAUCUUUGAACAUGUAGUUACACUCUACCAGCAGGAGUCAAAGUUAAGAGAUGAUAUACUCAUGGGCUUAGGAUUAGCUCUUAUAAGUAAAAAUGAAAUAUCUGUUUAUAAUUCUAGGAUGGCUAUACUUGGUCUCGCGGAUAAUCUUCUAGAUGACGUCGUUAAGCGGUCGAUCAUGUUAUCCGAAAGCAACACGAAAACAAGUUUCUUUACUGGGUUAGCUAACACGCUGUUUGUCGUCCUUGAUGAAAGAGAUGUUUGUUGUGAUGAUCUGUCAGAGAUUGUCGCAUUCAAUUCUAAAUAUUGUCAAAAAUCGAAAGUAAUCAAUAGAAUAACAAUCGGAAUGAAAAUUGUUGCGACGCUGUUUUAUAAAUAUGAUUAUCAAGCGGCCAAGAAAUCUCUAAUACAAUAUUUGACUCACUCUCUUCCGCGUAUACGUGCAAUAACAGCAGAAGAAGUAUACAUUCAAUCACAAGUAUAUGACGGUGAUCAGGGACUAUUAGAUUGGUUAAUGGAUAUCGAUUGGCUUGGUAAAAAUCUACCAGCUGCUGAAGUAAAAUUAUAAUAACAUAAUGCAUGCAUAGUAUUUAUACAACAGUGUUAACGACACCUUGAAAUAAUGCAGGGAAGUAGUAUUUGAUUUGAGGUUCUUGAUUAUCAAUCCAAACAAUGCCAUCAUCCAUGACAGCCUGUCUUAAUGAGUUUCUAGCUCUAUCGAUUGACCAACCGUUAGACUGAAGUAGAGACUGAUCAACCCAGCCAUUAUUAGUAGAAGCAGAGGUGAGCAACAACAUUUGAUCAUUAUUUAGCUCCUUUGGUUGUGAACGAAGGUAUAGUAUUUGAUUAAUUGGUAUAAUCUCAUAAAGAUGUUGAUUAUCGUGCAAUGGCUGAAGAAUUUUAAUUGCUUUUUGAAUAUCGCUCAACGUAAUCUCUGUAUUUCUCUUAAUUGAAAGUGCUUUGAGUAUAUCUGAUAGUCUAACAAGACCACCAGUGAGAGUUGUUGUAGAAAUACACAUAUCAACCAACUGGACAGCCAAACUUAGAUAGAAAUCUGAGAUACCUGUUAAGUUACUAAAUAAACUACCUCUGGCUAUGUUGAGAGGAUCGACACCGAUAGUGGCGCACAUUUGAGUGAAUCUAUUCCUAAAUUCAACGUUUGAUUCAAUAUCUUUACGAUGUUUUAUAGAGAAUUCUUUUAAAUAGUCUUUAAAUACGUCUAAUUGUUGUUUCACAGCUUGUAAUUGAUUAUCAUUGAUAGUAUUGCUUAAAUUUUGAUAUGCAGUAGCGUUAUGAUGAUGUUGUAAUGAUCCAAUACCUUUAUUAUAUCUUCUCGACAUUCUUUCACCCUAUCCGGU